AUGACCAGGAGCUUGAAGCAAGUGACCGUGCUGCUUGUAGCACUGUUGUGCCUGGAUCCUCACGGGCGCGUGGGCUCCGCACCCAUCUGCACGCAUGGGCCAACAGCGUGCCACGUUCCAUCUCUGGCAGAUCUCUUCGACAGGGUCAUUCAGCACUCUGCCAGAAUGCACAGCGUCUCCAACGAUCUGCAUUCAGAGUUUGAACAGUAUUUCCUGCCCAGCAAAAACCAUAUAGGGAAGAUUUAUCGCAAAUGUCACACAUCUAAUAUACUGACUCCAAAUGGCAAAGAAAAUGCACAAAAACUAGCACGUGAGGAGUUGACAGAAGUGAUUCUAAAAUUGCUGAUGGCAUGGAGGGACCCUUUGUUCCAGCUCCAUCAAAGCAUGGCUCAUCAACAAGAUUUCAACAGCUUCAGCAGCAACAAAGCCCUGGAGAUGGGUGACAUGGCUCACGAGCUGAGGAAAGGAGUAGAGAAAAUAGCUGAAAAGAUGAGGGUGCUAGGAAUGCUGGGUAAUUCCGUCCCAGCCCUAUCCUCACGGGAAGCAAUGCUUCCUGUGUCUGAAAGCGAAGAAGCCAUGAGCGACUACGAACUCCUCUACUGCUUUCGUCGUGACUCUAACAAAGUCCAGAACUAUCUAAAGAUCCUUAAGUGCAGGAUCGUACCGGAGCACGACUGUUAG